CGGUAAAAAAGUUUCUUGACUCGGAAAAUGAUUACGCCAGCCACGUGCUGCAGACUAUGCAGCUUCAAAAGAAUGCUGCGGGUUUUCCCAAUGGUAUCGGAGCGCCAGAGUCGGUUUUAAAUCAGCAGUUGGAAUCGCAUCCAUCAAAAAUGAAACAGACGGUGCAUUAUCCAUAGAGGACCGGAGGUUCGACGUUUUUAUAACUCGUUUUGAGCAAACCGUACCAAACUUCACCGACGCCCAGCUUUCCCGGGCCCUGCAGGCACUAGCUAAAAUGGGAGAAACAGCUUCGAUUCAUGAUCCAAACUAUCUCCGCCUGUGGACCUCGCUGGACAACGAAUGCUUGGAGCGUAUAGUCGAUUGGAACGUUGAGAUGCUGCUCCAGAUGGCGGAUAUGUGGUACCCGCUCCGGCUUGCAAGGCAAGGGAAGUACGUGAACAAGGCGCUGUGGAAGAUAAGUAACCGCUUACGCAAACUAUCACCGCAGCAGCUAGUGAAGACGGUGUUCUACGUCAACCUGACACGGGUACCGUUGGAGAACAUGAUGGACAUCGAGGUGAAUUUCAGCCAAAACUUCGACUCGUUCAGUAUCGAUGACGUUGCCGUGCUUUGCAUGGGAUUUUUCAAAACUGAAACUCCGAUUAGGAGCGCCGAGCUGCUUGAGAAGAUAUACGACAAGCUCAUCGUAAGCCUCGCUUCGGUGGAGGAUAUCCCGCUGACUGCAAUUUUAAAACUGUUACGUUAUUCGUCACGAAUCCCGAAUGCCUCCUCUAUGGAAAAGCUCCUAGCCGCACUGGUACCGGAAAUAUCUCGCCUCUCUCUUUUAGCUUGUCUGCACAUUGCACUCCUAGGAAGCGACAUCCACCUCUGCCACACGGAAAGUCUCGAGUUGAUUGUUGAGAAAUUUCAUCGUAACAUCUCCAGCCUGCGACUGAAGGAUAUGGAACGCAUUGCGUUCGUGCUUGCCCAUAACAACGUCGCACUGCGAGAUGCUCGGGAUGAGGCGCUGUGUCAAGACAUACUGGCGGAGGUACCGAACCGGGUGGCGGAAAUUGUGCAAUAUCCCAAAUGCUACAUCGCGCUGCUGCACUUUUUAUCGAUGAAAAAUAUCUAUCACCCGGAUCUAAUAUCGGCCGCCUUCGACCAGCGUUUCCUGCAGCUUACGUAUAACAAAAACAUCGCCGGAGCUGGCCGGGAAGCCGUUACGCUCGAUGCCUUCGCCGGCAUCAAUUUGUCGGAGCGAUACUCUGGCAAUCGCUUUCCACCUGCCUCUUUCCGGCUGGUCUGUAAGCUAACGCAGGACUACCUGCCCAACCCGAAGUACCGGUUAACCAAGUCGGACAAAAUGCUGCUGGACAUUCAGAGCACCUUUCAGACAGCGUAUAAUGAUCAUUGCCGGAUAGUCCAUUUGCUACCCCACUAUCAGCGCCCGGAUGUGCUCUUCUGCUUUGACGAGCGCACUGGCCUGGCGCUUUCCUUGGACUCGUUUAUGGAUUCGGUUGGUAGCCACGAAAUAUUGACUCGGGAAGCAAUUCUGAAGGAGCGAAGUCAGGAGCGAAACUUGCGGUUAGUAGCAAUCGUUGUCGGAUCUUGGAACUGUUACGUUCGAGGCGUAAAACGGCGAACCGGAGGGUACACGAUGAAGCUACAUCAGCUCAAACUUUUGAACUACGAAACAGUAGAGAUUCCAUGGUACGAGUGGCCAGUGUUCUCGCGGGAUGAUAUGCAACGCUAUCUCACCAGUAGACUUGUCCAGUACUUUCCUAGACAUAGUAAAACCAGCGUGCGUCUCGUGAAACGGGAAUAAAAUAACACUAUCGCUGAAUAGUUGGCAUGGUUGUAGAAAAAAUACAUUUAGAAUUUUUUAUUACUGAGGUAAGAAACAUGUAACUCUUUCGCUACUCAAGGAGCUUCGUUAACGUUUUCUUCGUGUACUCGUAUACCACAAAGAGCACCGCUGUAGCAGGAAUGG